CAACGACAGCACACCAUCGACAUAAACCAUCAAGCAUCGCAAACCUUUUGGACAGCAUCAAAAUUACCGAGUACGAUGUGCGACCACUGCAGCGCUUACAAACCCCUGUUGGAGAAACCGCCGACAGCAUCGUUCUACCCGAGCCCGAGCGCCGGCCCGAGCCCGAGCUUAUACGUAGGGCCACCCUCUUAUACACCUGCCACGGCAGCCGUCUCCGUCGUUGACGGCGGUUGCUGCAGUUGGACGCGGGACUGUUGCGGCGGUGGUUGUUGCGCCGGGGUUCGAUGCUGCAUGCCUCCGGAACCUCUUCUGGACCCUGCGGGCCCUAUGGAACAGAAACUGUCGAGCGGAUACAGGCUGCCGCCAGCUUGCGAUCAGUCGGGAAUGUCUGGCUACCCUUCGAUGAUGGCUGCUG